CCGCAACCUAGGGUUCUUGAAAUCAAGAAAAACCUCGCAACAUGGCUGCCGACAGAUACAACAUCAACAGACAAUGGGAGCACUUGCAGGCCAAGUACGUUGGAACGGGUCACGCAGACACGAGCAAAUUUGAAUGGGCGGUGAACCAGCAUCGCGAUACAUUGUCUUCCCACAUCGGGCACAACGACAUGUUGUCGUACUUUGCGGUCGCCGAGAACGAAUCGAUUGGUCGCGUCCGGUUCAACAUGCUCGAAAAAAUGAUCCAACCGUGCGGACCCCCGCCGAAAAAGCAAGAGGAAUAGCAUCUCGACAGGCGAGUAUUUUCGAUUGUUAAUACACACAUGGUGCAUGCAUCCUACCAUUCACCAAAUCGACAUGAGCUGGUUCUUUGUUGCAUUGGGCAUGCAUCCAUUAUUAUCUUCA